UGCUGAUGCUGAAAGAGAACAAGGAAGAAUAGUGUUCAAACGGUCAUCUCCUUAAUCAGAAACAGCGUCAGCUAUGAGUGAACCGCGCCUUCCUGUAGAAGUCCGACUUAUCGGAGUAAUGAAGAAAGACAAGGACAAAAAGUUCAUGACAUCCGUGCUAUGGUCAGACCAGAGUGAGUUGAUAGUGUACAGAUCCUUCCGGGAUUUCAAAACGCUCCAUAAGCAACUAAAAAAGAAGUUUCCUGUGGAGAACCAUACUCGUAAAGAGGAUAGAGUGCUUCCCAGAUUUGGAGCCCAGUACAUGGUGACUUCGUUUCAGUUGAAAGGUCUGGCAAAGUCAGUGUCCCGUCUAAGGUAUUUGGAGAAAUACUGUUCCAACCUGUUGCAGUGCGGCACAGCCGUGUCACAUUCCACAGAUGUCGUUCAGUUCUUCUUGCCAACUGAACAGGAGCUUCUGCCUGAAUAUACCAGAAACAGUGUGAUGAUUCUGCAAUCAGACAACAUCAACACUGUCAGCGGAGGACCUGACUUGGCGAAAAAACAUCUGAGCAAUGGCAAUGUGACCCAGCCUUUUGUUUCCAAGACAUAUCGAUGUGUGGCUCCAUAUGAGACCAAAGACACAAAGAACAAGCCAUUUAAAGUAGCUGUGGAUGAAAGACUGGAUGUGCUGAUUAAAGACAAAGCAGGUUGGUGGCUUGUUGAGAAUGAGGACAAACGUCUAGCUUGGUUUCCUGCUCCCUACUUGCAGUUAUGUGAUGAGGAAGAGGAAGAGGAUGAGGAUGAGGAUGAAUUUGAUUCAGCUGCCUUUGAAAGUUCACUGUACUGCGCUACAAGGAGUUACACCUCAAAAAAAGAGGACGAGCUCUCUCUGAGCAUCGGCGCUGUUGUGGAGGUGUUACAGAGGUCUGAUAAUGGCUGGUGGCUUGUAAGAUAUAACAAAAAGGCAGGCUAUGUGCCCUCCAUGUACCUGAAGCUCUACAACAGCCCCAGCUUUGGCCUUCAGACCCUUCAAAGGAAACUUCACAGCUCCACUAUCAACCUGUCCUCCAGUGACUCUUUUAAACCGGAGCCUCAGGUCUACUCACAAAACAGAAAGAAUAAUUUCCUCAGAUCAAAUUCUCUGGAAAUGCUGUCACAGCCGGUACAGCACGAGGAAGCUGGCAGCUUCAGCGACGAUGGAAACGACUUCAGCUUCAGUUCCUCAGAUACCACCUCCAUGAGCCCAAGCAUGUCCAGCUCAGAGGGGGAAGAAAGCCUGAGACAGCAGGAUAAAGAGCCAGACAGCAGUGACAGUGGUAUGUCCAGUGGCCAGUCCAGCCCAACCAGCUCAGACACUGAUCACCCUAUGAAAGGGGUCAGAGCUCCCAGGGUGCCACCAAGACCACAAACUCAAGAGAUCCUACAGCGCUGCACGACAUACACCCGUAACGUCGCUCUGGCAACUUCUGCACGCCUGGCGCCUGAAAGAGAAGUCAUGGCAAAUGAAGGAAGAGCAUGAAAGGGCUGAGAGAGCAGAGGGUGCAUAUGACAAUGAGAGACUUUUAUAGCUUCUUUUUGGUCAUCUUUGAGUAUGAUACAACAAUAUUAAUCUGGGUUCUUUGUAAUCACUUGGUGGGGAUAUAUUAAUAGUAUAAAUAUUGGAAUUAAUCAAAUAUAUUAUACAUAACCUUUUAAAGGUAGUUACAGCAUAUGUAUUUAAAGGGUUUUGUUUUCAUAGUUUUAUUUUUUCAUUAAUGUUAUAUUCAGACUGUUAUCUUUUGUUCUGGAGCUAAUUGUAUUCCAUACUGGAAAAGAAAAAAAUGUUUGGAUUUUUGUAUAUAUACCUGCAUAAGUCUCAA